UCGAUUGUCAAUGUUAGCUCUAUAUGCAUACCAGCGGUGUUUUCAUUCCGCAAAACAACGGCAAGCAUGGCUGCCCCUCCACUGAAACUCGCGCACCGAAUCGGUGCGAAGUCUUUAAAAAUGAAGAACAUUAGAGAAGCGCCUGGCCGGAUAGAGAGACUUCAGCGAUUCAUAGGUGCUUUGUUAAAAUAUGAGCGCAUCGAGCUUAAUGCAGGUUCGGCAGGAGAAACGCGUGACCACGCUGAGCGACUAAUUCAGGACGCGAUUGUGUAUGGACCCGCGCACGCGCGCACAAUGGAGAUUGCGAAUUUCUGGCUACCCGAAAAGCAGCUUGUGCAUAAGCUAUUCAAAGUUCUCGCGCCCCGGCUACAGAACGAAACUUCGGGAUUCACAAAUUUGUGGAUUCUCGCCGAUCCGCCACAGAAGCCGCACGAUCCAAAUGACCUUGCCACACCACGUUACUAUCACGACUGGGUCGCCCUUGAGCUCAAAGGGAAUCCAUUGCCACCGAUUAAGCAGAACGCGGCACCUAAUAAGAGCCUUUAUCUGACUAAUAUCUUACUCUCAUCUGCGGCAAUGACCGCGAAAGAACCAAAAUAGCUAGGCCGAUAAUCGCAUGCUUAGAAUAUACAAUAAAAUACAAAUAAUAAAAAAUACAAAAAAAAAAACGUAAAUUUUCAGGUUGCAUACGUUACUAUACAGCCAAGUGGUUUUUUAUGAAUAUUAUUAACAAAGUGCACGCGUAUGCAAAUUUUACGCGUUA